AUGCCAAAGCAAAAGAGGUACAAGAAUUUACUUAAAGCAGCAGCAGCUGCAAAUUCUUCACAAGACAAGUUGGCAGCUUCAAAUGCAUCACAAGUCAAGUCCGCAGCAGCUGCAAAUUCCUCCCGAGACACAUUGGCAGCUACAAAUUUCUCCCGAGACAAGUCGACAGCAGCUGCAAACUCCUCUCAAGACAAGUCGGCAGCAGCUGCAAAUUCCUCCCGAGACAAGUCGGCAGCUUCAAAUUCCUCCCGGGACAAGUCGGCAGCAGCUGCAAGUUCCUCCCGAGACAAGUCCGCAGCAGCUGCAAGUUCCUCCCGAGACAAAUGA